CUUUCUUCAGUCUUGAACUUCGCUGCGUCCUCCUUGAUCUCUCUCUCUCCGGGCCAAGACUUUCUCGGACGCUCAAUAUUGGUUUGAAAAGUUUUGGAUAUUCUUCUUAAUAUGGAAGGUUCUGGAUGGAAAAGCCGAGCACUUGUCCCAUUUGCCUUUGGUAUUAUCAUCAGUUUGCAUUGUCCCAUCACUCAGUCAGCUAAUAUAUUAGUUGUACCUGUUGAUGGAAGUCAUUGGAUAAAUAUGAGAAUUCUCUUGGAGGAACUGAAACCUCGUGGACACAACUUCACGGUACUUUAUCUUGAGAAAAGUUGGUACAUCACAGAAAGGCCCAAUCUAUAUCAAUCUAUUGCAGUUCCACUGAAGAACAUUGAAAACAUAGAUAAGGUUGGAAUAAUUCUUCAAAAAGCACUGCAGCUUGGGCAGGAUGGGUGGAGCUUCAGAGACAAUAUUGAGUUACAAAAUGAACUUCUACGAUUUAUACAGAACUGUCAGAAGGUGUUUCAUUUGUUUAUUAGUGAAAUUUUCCAAAACAAAACAUUGCUAAGCCAACUUGAAAAGGCAAACUUUGACCUGGUGCUUACAGACCCUUUUUUGGUUGCUGGAUCAAUGCUUGCUUAUUAUUUAAAACUUCCCUUGGUGCAUAAUGUUCGAUGGUUAGAGUCUGGUGAAGCUCACUUCUUCUUUGCCCCAUCCCCCACUUCUUAUGUCCCAGUCUCUGGCUCAUACCUGACAGACAAAAUGUCCUUUCUUCAAAGAGCACAGAACCUCAUCCAACAUCUAAUCCAUCUAUCCCUUUUCGAACUUGCCAUUUAUCCCAGCUACAAUGAGCUCUGUCAUCGAUAUUUGGGACCAGACACAGAUAUCAAGAAAAUUCUGAUGAGGGCUGAUGUGUGGCUGUUUAGAGUUGAUUUUGUAUUUGAAUUCCCAAGACCCACCAUGCCAAAUAUUGUGUACAUUGGAGGCUUCCAGUGUAAACCAGCCCAACCACUAGCAGCAGAGUUUGAAGAGUUUGUUCAAAGCUCAGGAAAGCAUGGAAUUAUUGUGAUGUCGUUAGGAUCUGUUAUCCAUUCCUUGCCAAAGCAGAUUGCAAUGGAAAUAGCUGAGGCGUUUGCUCAAGUACCCCAGAAGGUUAUUUGGAGAUAUGAUGGGGAAAUCCCUCCCAAUAUAGGUAAUAAUACACUACUGACAAAAUGGAUCCCUCAGAACGACCUUCUGGGACACCCCAACACACGAGUCUUCAUUUCUCAUUGUGGUACCAAUGGCAUUUACGAGGCCAUCUACCACGGGGUACCAGUGAUUGGCAUGCCUCUUAUUUUUGACCAGUUUGACAAUUUACUUCGACUGGAAUCCCGAGGUGCAGCAAAGGUGCUUAAUGUUGCAACCAUGCAUUCAACAGAUCUGUUGAAGGUACUUAAUGAGGUGAUAAAUGGCACAUUUUACCGGGACAAUAUGAAGAAACUCUCUGCCCUCCACCGGGACCAACCAGAGUCGCCAAUGGAGCGAGCCAUUUUCUGGAUUGAGUAUGUUGCCCGACACAAAGGCGCAGGGCAUUUGCACUCUGAAUCCUACUGGCUCCCCUGGUACACUUACUAUUGUGUCGACGUGAUGCUCUUACUGUUGUCCGUGUUACUCAUGGUUUCAGUGCUGGUGGUUGUAGCACUGAAGAAACUUUGUCACAUUGCACGGAAGAAAAUAAAGCAAAAGAAUGAGUAA